CUCUCCUCCAACCUCUUGCUGCUGCUUCUUUCUCCGACUCCUCCUUGUCCUGAGCCGGAAGCGGCUCUCGCCUCCUCCACGGACGUAUUUGCACCUCUGCCGUGUAGGAGGCCGCCAGACCUGGAUAGAACCAAUAUCCAGUGUUCACUUCACGUGAACGAGUGAAUCCGAAUCUUUAAUUGAUCGGCAAGCUUGUUGAGACUCUUAUCAUAAGCACAACAUACGAGACCCACGCAGAUACAGCUAGGAUGCCGAACCACGCGAAUGAGGAAUGCAGAGCCGUGCAAGUUGCUCGUGCAUUUUUUCAGGCCGCGACGAAGCUCUCAGACGACAAUGAAGAUAUUCUUCCACAGGAGGAUGGAGUGGAUCAGAAGCUCUCUGUGUUUCAUUUGUUCUCUGAGCUUUUCCCGGAGUAUGCCAAUGACAAAGAUCGAGAUGGAAACUCAGCUGGCAAGAAUGGCCUGAUGCGUCUUCAAUUCAACAAGAUUGGAUAUGAGAUCUAUGACAAGGAGCAAAGUCGUCGUGUGCCUGCCGUGCGUGCUAAGCCCGGAAAUCCGGGGUAUGGAUUCCGUAGAGCGCGUUGGCGAGACACGAUCUCUAAUGGGGAGGAUCGCCGCAUGUGUGAAACGGUUCUGCGAGGUCUUGGAGUCUCGCAAGAGCGUCUGGACCGCAUCAGACAGCGUAUCGCGGAUUUUCGGGAAGAGUGGGACAACGUGAGAAGACCAUCUAGGCCAGCAGGACCUGGGAGGCCUCGAGGGCACAAGAGAUCGAACCCGUCUGAUCCUGUCGAGCUUCCGGGCAAUGGGAAUGUGGAAGUUUCCACUCCCGUAUCCUCAAUCAGUUCUGUCAGUCUCCCCUCUCAGCUCGCCAGGAAGCCGAAGAAGACAUGCAAGUCGAAGCCUGGGAUGGGGGGGGCGUACCUGCCAGGAAUGUCCGCAGCUCCUUCAACUCAGAAUUCUUCCAUGUCCUGGCAAUCGCCAAUGCCAUCGGAGAGCUCUACAGGGAAUCCUGUGGCUGCGAUUGUGUUGGAGGAAGAGGAGUGGGAGCAGGAGGAGGAGGUCCAGGCGACAACAGGCAAGCUGAUGGAUGAGGAAGAAUCGCAGAGACAUGUACAUCACCUCAUGGAAGAGAAUGCAUCUUUGAGAUCUCUCAACAUGUCGCUCAUUUACGAAAGAGAAAAACUGCUCCGUGAGCUCCGCCAGUCCGACUCGGAGAUGGCUGGGAUGCAGAAGACUGUGGAUGGGUUGCUGCAGACGUCUGCCAUGAAGCUGGAAGGAGCAGAAGCUGCUCUCUCGGCUGGCUUCCGAUGGCUGAGCAACAAGCUGAUACGCAAGGCCCGAGGACUUCCGUGCGAAGGGCAGGAGAUCCCAGCUCAUCUCCGGCAGAUCCUUGAGCAGUGCUUUGACAAAUACGAUGAGUAUCUGCGACAGAACGCGAUGAAAGACGGCUUUGAGGACGAUCUCUAUUAUAUGUCUUCGGAUAGGAAGGAGCAGAGCGGGUUCUACGAGCUACACAUGAGCAAGCAUGGUUCACCCUCAGAAGACUUGAGAGAGGAGCUGGCGAGGAGUUUGGGCCCCUCGUCAAGACCGGAGGAGGCGAAGCGAAGAGAACUAGUCGAUGGUGGCUCGAUCAUCAAGAAGGAGAAGGGCAUAGCGGACAGUCACGAUGAACCCGAGCAUGUUUGGAGCAGUUUGGGCGAGGGUGACGUGGACGUUUGCGAUGGGGACAUGGACGUGGGCAAUUAUGACUAUCUCUUCUCUCACUGCCCUGCCACGACCGCGUUCUGACGCAGGAGCUUGAGGGCUCGAAAGUAUUUUUUGAGGAGACGAGGAGGAGCGUGCUGGUCGAGGAGGCCAUUGCGAGAAAGGCGGUGAGGGUCUCACGGAAGGGAAGGAGAGGAGAGGAGAGGAGACGACAUCUGCUGGAGAGUGAAACAGUGACGGAGAAGGCGUAGCGCGCCUGCUCCCCAGAAGGACAAGGGGAAGAAGAGCCGGAGGAACAGAAGUCCUGGAGGGGAGCGGCUUGCUUGUUGAGCGCCAGCUGCUCGAGCAGCGUCACUUGCGUGAAAUUUAAGCAUGAAGUGAAACGAGCAAAUGCC